AUGUAUAUAUUGCGCCUCUUGCGCCGGCCGCCCGCGGGCAUGGCGACUGCAGGCAGCGCGGCGAGCCACAGGGACCCCGGGCGACCCUGCCCUUUCUCCAUCGAGCACAUCCUCUCUAGUCUGCCCGAGCGCAGGCCCGUGGCGCGGCCACCGCAGCCCGUCGGUGGUCGGAACCCCGCCGAGCCAGACGAACCCGAGGCCCCGGCCCCCGCUGCUCCCUGCGCCUGCUGCUGCUGCUGCAACCCGCGCGCCGCGCCCCGCGGAACCCCGGAGACCGCGUCCGGGCCGGGCUUGAGGCUAGGGUGGCCACUGAGGCUGGCGCCCGAGUCGCCCUCCCCCUUGACGGCGCCGAGCACAGGAUCUCCGGCGCUGACUGGCACAAGCGGCCCCGGCCCGCAGCGGCGCACGCGGCGCCACCGUACCAUCUUCAGUGAGGAGCAGCUGCAGGCGCUCGAGGCACUCUUCGUACAGAACCAGUAUCCCGACGUAGGCACGCGCGAACGCUUGGCAGUCCGCAUCCGCCUGCGGGAGGAGCGCGUGGAGGUCUGGUUCAAGAACCGCAGGGCCAAGUGGCGACACCAAAAGCGUGUUUCUUCAUCGAGGCUCGCGCCUGGGUCUAGGAAGCCCCACAAGGAGAGUUGUUGAUGGUGUCCGGAGUUUCUUCUGGCUUUGGCGGUGAAGUGGAGCACAAGGAAGUAGGAGGGGGACAGACCCACUUGAACAGGAACUAAAGCUGUCAGUACUGAGAGACGGGGAAUCCAAAGCCUUCUCACCCAUGAAGGGAGGGGAUGCGGGGCAGGAACCAGAGACCCCCUGCAGGUAAAGGGCAGACACAGAGCAGGUUAACUUCCUCGGCCACCUAGAGAAGCCACACAGGAUAAAGAGCCUCCCUCCCCACCUCAUGGCAGUCUUCAAGACUGGCCUCCUCUCUGUCCUUCCACCUUCUUAUGCAAGGCAGUGCUGUCUGCUCAGUUCUGGGCUUACUCUGUCCUCAAAGGCCCUGCACUGGGCCCUGGUGUCAGGACCUGUGGAAGAAGGUUAUAGUUGGUAAUUUCCAGAUCCCUGCAUCUGAGCCUUCCUCUCAGCCUUGAGCUGAUGCCAAGACAUAAACGAGAUUACAAAGACCA